AGAGCAAGAGGCCAGCGUGCAUCAUCAUCGACCAUUAAUGGUUCGAUUCGGCACUACAAAGAAACAAUAUGAUGUACUAUCGUAACUAUGCUAAUCAUAACAAAAACCCAUUUGAAAUGGCCAACCGUUUUGCCUCUAUUUUAACUGGCAAAUCUCUUUCCUUAUCCUCUACAGCUACUUCACCUAGCAUUCUAAUUUUUAAUUCUAUUUCUUUACCACAGUUUUCCAACAAAUUAAGCAAAAGGGUUGGUCUUUUUAACUAUAAUAAGAGACCCCGUCGUGUAGUUUUGGGACUUGGGGUUGCGUUUUGGGCACAGUUCCUUAAUAUGGCGGGUCAUUUUGGCGGCAAAUCCUUCUUGGCUUCAGCCAGACAAAAGAGUGAAGUUGAUAAGAUACUAGAGAAUGUGGAGUGGCCUGAGCAGUUUCCUUUCAAGGAAGAGGACUUUCAGCGUUUUGAUGAGUCACCGGACACGGUUUUCUAUGAUGCUCCACGAUUUGUGACACAUAUAGAUGAUCCAGCCAUUGCUGCACUCACCAAAUAUUACUCACAGGUGUUUCCUCCCAGUAACACCCCAGGAAUAGCUAUCCUUGACAUGUGCAGCAGUUGGGUUAGUCAUUUUCCUGCAGGAUAUAAGCAAGAACGGAUAGCAGGAAUGGGUCUGAAUGAUGAAGAGUUGAAACGUAAUCCGGUUCUGACCGAGUAUGUUGUGCAAGACUUGAACACUAACCCUAGACUUCCAUUUGAAGAAAAUUCCUUUGAUGUUAUUACAAAUGUGGUCAGUGUUGACUAUCUGACAAAGCCUUUGGAUGUUUUCAAGGAGAUGAACCGUGUCCUGAAGCCAGAUGGUCUGGCUAUAAUGAGCUUUUCCAAUCGUUGCUUUUGGACAAAGGCAAUCUCGAUCUGGACGUCAACUAGUGAUGCUGAUCAUGUUAUGAUAGUUGGAUCUUAUUUCCAUUAUGCUGGAGGGUUUGAACCUCCUAAGGCUAUGGAUAUAUCACCAAACCCUGGUCGUACAGAUCCGAUGUAUAUUGUGUAUUCCAAAAAGCUAUCUACUUGAAAAGAAAUGCAUCAAAAUUGUGGAAGCUGAAAGAUCUGCAUUCUUCGGAUGAAAUUCUUACACGAAAGUAGAGUCAUGACUAAGGUACAUAUACAACUGGACUUUCCUUCUUUAUCUCAAGCAGGUCUUCCAUUUGGAGUAGCAAUGUAGACAAGGAUGACUACUUUUAAUCUAUCUUGGUUUUAGGAGGAGAAACUGAAGCUGAGGUUGGUUUGUGAGGGUCAUGUUGUAUUGAAUUCAGAUGUUUUUGUUUACACAAGAACUAAAUUUGUAUUACAUUUGGGUUAAUACAAAUGAAAUUUCCGACAA